AUGCAAACUAAUAUUUCUGGUUUUUCAGAAGAAUGCACAUUAGUUGUAAAAGAGCAAAAAUAGUUUAGGUAUGAAGUUUUAGAUUAAACAUAAUUAAUUUAAAAAUAAUAAUGUAAUUCCUUAGCAUUUGAUAACACUUCAACUUUGAUUAUGGCUAGUUUUGGGAUGAUUUUGAAGGCUUACUUAUUUAAUAAUGAAAAAUUAAUUUACAUCUCUCUAUUUUAAAUUACUAAAUCCACAGUCACUUGCAUAGAAUCUUUGAAGUAAGGUAAUUUUUUUUUAUUUGCAAUGCUUAAUGGAUAAUUAUAAAUAUCAAGCAAAAUAGGUAUUAAUCAAGGAAAAUACAUAUAAAAAUUAAAUUAUCAUCUAUCCCCAAUCUAUCAUUUAAAAUCUAGUAAAUAUUCAGAUUCUAUAAUUUCAUGUGAUGAUUGGAAAGUAUCAUUUUGGAUCAAAUAAAGUUUAUUGUAAUUUGAAUAUUUUUAUACAAAUAAUAUCAGAAUAUGUGCUGUAAGUUUUAAUGAAAUAGGAGAUAAAUUGAUUCUAUCAGAUUAUAACAAGAGUAUAGUUACAUUUAUCAAAAGAGGAACAUAGUGGAUGAAGUUAUAAAAUAUUAAUAUAGGUAAAUUAGGACAAGGAAUAAGCUUUAUUGGAAAUGAUUCAUUUGUAGUCUAAUUCACAUUCAAAAAAUUAGAUUUGUACAAAUUUAAGAAUCAAGACAAUUAAUUAAUUAAAUUGAGAGAACUCAAUAUUUAAAGUUAUGGCAACUGGGGUUCUAGGAAAUUCAAUCAAAGUUAUAUAAAAGAAAAGUAGAUACUCUUAAAUAAAGAUGGAGUAUCAUUGAAUUUUAUUAAAAUAUAAGAUGAUCCUUAUUUUGUGACUGAGUUUUAAUUGCAAUUUUAAGAUUCUUCUGCUUAGGUUGCUUUAAAUGAAAAUGGAACCUAUUUAGUUACAUGGGAUAAUUAUUCCAAAUCUAUAAAUAUUUAUAAGUACUACGACUGA